AAAACAACUUGGCAUGAUUUGAUUGGUAGUUGUUAAAUAUGGAGAUACCCAACUUCCUCAUAUCAUAAUAUUCAAUCUCGGAUCCCAAAUAUUCUAUUCUUCUCUUCAAAAUCCCUAACACAAACCUAGUUUUUCUCAGUGCUCUACUGUUUUCAACUUCGUUCUUUAUACUAUUCUCUUCAUCAACCCAUGGCUUCCGAUUCCAAUUCAAAUCUUAGAAUCACCAUUGAAAGCAAUCCUCCAGAGUCACGUCUAGCUGAAUUGAAUAUCAAGUGUUGGCCCAAAUGGGGCUGCUCUCCAGGGAAGUACCAAUUAAAGUUUGAUGCUGAAGAGACAUGCUAUUUGUUGAAAGGGAAGGUGAAGGCAUACCCAAAAGGGUCAUCAGAGUUUGUAGAGUUUGGUGUUGGAGACCUUGUGACCAUCCCAAAAGGACUCCAUUGCACUUGGGAUGUUUCAGUUGCUGUGGAUAAGCACUACAAAUUUGAAUCAUCUUCUUCUUCUUAGUGCAUGCUUUGGACCACUCAUCAAUUAACAUUGUAUAUUGUCAUUACAUUAUGUUUAGUUACCACUAUUAUUUCUUCCAAUUCUUUCACAGUUUCUUUCAUUAUUUAGUAUUUUGUGGAAGACAAGUGGGGUUGUUUGGUUGUUCCAAUUCUUGGUGGGUUUAGUCAAAGGAAGAACCAAUCAGUCAAAGGUAUAGCUUUAAAGAGUUAGAUAUUUGAUAGAUACAGCUUUUAAUGUU